GGAAGCCAUCAAGAUGCCCGUCAACAUGGCGGCGGGUCUUUCAGUUAACAUCUCAAUUGAACAGCUUGUAGAGAGUGAAGUAGAGGAAAUAUCCCGCGAUGGACAAGAGAAAUACGUCCCUCAGCUUUCCAUGUCAGAACAGCUUACCAAGUUGGCACACAAGAUUGACUUCCUGUCUGAGGAUAAACAGCAAAAGAGCACAGAAGAUGAUGAAGAGAAAGAGGAUGAAAAAGAGUUGGUAACAUUCCAGCCAUCUUUAUGGCCUUGGGACUCUGUUAGGACAAAAUUAAGAAAUGCACUGACUGAGGUGUGCGUGUUAUCUGAUGUUUUGAAUGUUGUACAAGACAAGAAAUACAUGGUCCUAGACCCAGUAUCACAGAACAAAGCUUCUCCUAAACCUGUGGUACAGCAUUUGGCCAAAAGAAAGAAUCUGAGCAUUGCCUCGAAUAUCAUACUAAAGGGAGUAAAACGAAUGGAAACUGCUGUACAAGAAAGAGUUGAUCAACAGUUAAGACAAGGUCAAAAACAAGAAGAUUUUCAUUCAGAGCUGAUUGGUCUGCGACAAAGAUGGAGGUUGAAGAAAACGGGGACUAGUAUCAUGGGAGAUUUGACUUAUCGGUCAGCGGGCUCUCAGUUCUGGAACCCAGGUCUGUUUGAGGUAACCAAGGCAACACAGACAGAUGAGGAAGAAAGCCAAUCACCUGCCACUAAUGAUUCCAGUUCACUGGAGGUCAAAGUUGGCAGUGACCUGGAGGGAAAAGCAUCUGUAACUGUCAGUAUUUGUGAGUCUAGAGCAACACCAGAUGAAACUAAAGCAAAAACAAGAGUCCUUGCAAACCUCCAAGACACUAGUAACRCUCCCUUGUGGCAACAAAAACUCCAGUCUGCUCAAGAAAAUAUUUUCUGUAAAGAGCUAUUUACCCAGUUGUGUCAAGAGGYAUAUAACAGCAGAGGACCAAAUAUUAACCUUGUGAUGGGCCAAGAAAUCAAGACAGAGGUUUUUCCAGGAGUCGAUCUUUGUAUAACCUACACUCAUGAAAAAGACAGCACUACAGAAGGAACAGUUACUGGAAACACUGGUGCUCAUGAACAACCAGUUGCAACAACUUUAAAGCCAUUAGAAUAUGCCCUUCACUCACUGCUACGAAGACGACACAAGCACAAUCAAAGUGUUGUGUUACCACACCCCAUCACAGCUCGUCAGAUACCUGGUACCAACAAGAAGUUAAGGAUCGCAGGACCAGCUGCUUUAAGAGCUAAUGAAGUGAAGACAACACUUGAAAGUGACACAAUUUUAGAAACAAUUAUAAAAGUUUCAAAGCAUGAAAUAUUAAGAAAAAGGGUGAUGGAAAUGAUUGACACCUUGACAACAGAGAUCACUGAACCCUGUAUACUAUGUCACUGGAGUAGUGUGUCAUCAGAGACCUGUACUUCUGCCGUAGUUCACAUAUAUUCACCAGAGAUUCAAGAUAUAGGAAAGGUAUCAUUUCGCUUACAGAUCGGCAUCAAAGACAUCAAUGUUAUCUGUUCCAGUGGGACAAGUGUGGUGUUUACUAGUCAUUUACAGGAUCUCAAGGAUUUCUUUUUAACCCAGAUAGCGCAACACCAUAUUCUCAUAGCAUACUCCAUUGCUCUGAGUCUUGGCUGGCAGGUUCUCCACAUCAACCGUCACCUCCCUACAGGAACCACUGAGAGCCAGGGACACGUGGCUGGAAUGGUGGUGACGUCAUCUGAUGCUGAUAGGACAAUAUCAAUCCGUACUGGUCCAUCCACUGGAGUAACGAUAUCCAUCAAGAGACCUCAUAAAUAUACUAAUACAUUACCAGACUUCUUAACGGACGAUAAAUGGAGUCUUGUUGGUGGUAGCUUUAAGGAAGUUGCUUGGGAUGAAAUGCCUGGCAGGACGUUCAUACAAAAAGUUUUUCUCUUACUCGGCAUGGAGACUAAAAAAUCAUUAAAAAAUGCAUUCUUCUUGGAAACAUAUUGUAUUGAAAAUUGAUAAUAAAGGAUUUUGUGGAAAGUGGA